AUGGCCCAGUCGCCUGCGCGAGGGCCAGUGGCGUCUGUGGUGGUGCCUAUACCCCAGGCGCAGGUGCCGGCUCAGGUGCCUGGUCAGUUGUCGAUUCAGUUGCCCGGUCAGGGGCACGUGCAGCCGCAUUCGCAGCAGCAGCAGCAGCCGCAAACAGCAGGAGCGUUGCCGCUGCUAGGUGCGCAGACGGGUAUGCAGGCUCAUGGUCAAGGGCAAGGGCAAGGCCAGUCACAGCAAUUGCUGCUGGUUCCGUCUCAGUACCAGCAGCAGGUGGGGGUGCCGCCAGCUCAGGCUCCUGUACAGCAGCAGCAGCAGCAGCAGCAGCAGCAGCAGCAACAACAAGUUCAGUCGCAGCAGCAGGUUUUGCAGCCAUCUUUGCAGCCACCAACGCAGCAGCAGCAGCAACAGCAGGUGGCACAGCAGCAGACUCUGCAGCAGCCAUCGUUGCUGGCUCUUCCAGAAACACCUGCGCAGCAGACUCAAGCACUCCCAGCAGAGGUGGUGGCUCAGACCCUCUUGAGAAGCGUGCGGGUGACAGGCAUCGUGGACGGGCACUUCGAGUUUGGCUACCAUGCCUGUGUGAAGAUCGGCGGGCACAUCUUUAAAGGGCAUCAGCCGCCGCAGCAGCUGCUGCUGCCACAUCGGGCACUCUACCUCUUUCUGCUGCUGCCUCUCCUUCCUUAG